AUGUCUGAUCCCCCAGUCCCAGCCCCGAAGCCUCCGCCACCCGCAGCCCGUGGGAAGCAAGUGGCCGAGGAAAGCGAGGGGGGAUCGGGUUCCAGCUGGCCCGGCGACGAGUCCUCCGGCGACGAGGCUGGCAGCGUUGCCGGAGCCCGGACAGUCCUCCCCGAGGCGGAGGGUGAGGACGAAGACGACGUGCCGCUGGUGUGGCGACCAAGAGCACCAGCGGCAGCGGCCACCUCUGCAAUGGCCGCGGGCGCCUCGGUGGCUUCUGCAGCAACCGGGGUUGUAGCACCUCCGCGGGGGUCCGCGGUCCUGCCCAAGCGGGGAAUCUUCAAUGGCUACUCUCUGAAGCUCAACCCCCAAGGUAAGCUGACGUCUUUCCUCCCCCUUUACUUUCAAAUUCGUGCUUGCCUUGAUUCCAUCGCCUCUUCAUUGACGCCUUGCAGGGACAGCGCUCUGGACGGAGCCGGCAAGAGGGGGAGAACCGACGCUGCACCCGCCGCGCCUAGCAAGAAGCCGCGGACCCGGGCCAGCGUCAGUGCCCGCCAGGCCAACACGCAGGCCAGCGGCGCCGCCACUACGCCAGCCGCCGACCCGGUCCCAAAGGAGGAGGAGCCCGCAGCAGUUACAGACCCCUCUCCUGAUUCCAUUGCAAAAUCAGGUGCAACGGACAGCCCGACAGCAGAAGCCGGGACAGCGGGGGACAAAUCUACCCCCGCAAGCGCGGCGGCCCUGCAAGGUCCCAAUGGGCCCGCCACGGGGGCGGACGACACGGUGAUCGACCUCACCUCCGACGUUGAGGACGCGGAGCUUAGGGAUGAGCCGGAGGCGGCUCCCGCGCCAAGCCCCGCCGCCCCAGAUACGAUGGUGGUGGCACCCACCACCGCUACCGGAGUGGGGCUCGACGGCGCGUCCCCGGCCCAACAGGCCGGAGGCGCGGACCCCGCGGCCGCUCAGCAGGAGGCGACUCCUGCCGGGGGCAUGGGCCCCUCACCAGACCCGCAACCCGCCGGCGCGGGUGUGGAGGAAGACGCGGCUGGGGGGCAGCAGGCGGCUCCCUUGCAAGGGGACGAUGCUCCCCCCAGCCAGACCAGGGCAACGGGGGUCUCACCCUCGUCCGUCGCUACUUCCAGCCCAGACCUCAGCGUCCUUGCCGAGGCAACUUGGGACCCAAUCACCUGGGACCCAAGUAUCUCGAUCAGGGGCACCAGUUCGUCGACGCCAUCAGAGCAGCAACUGGCGUUCGUCACCUCGUUCAAAAGGUGA